AUGUCGGAUAAAUAUAUUAAACUUGAAAAGAUUGGAGAAGGAACAUUUGGUGUGGUUUAUAGAGGAAUGGAAAGAAAAUCAGGUCUUGUUGUUGCAUUGAAAAAGUUAAGGUUAGAAACUCAUUGUCACGAUGGAAUACCAUGCACAACUGUUAGGGAAAUUUCAAUAUUAACACAAGCAAAUAAUAAAAAUAUUGUAAAAUUAUUGGACACAAUUUAUUCUGAUAAAAAUUUAUAUUUAGUAUUUGAAUAUCUUGAAACUGAUCUAAGGAAGUAUCUUGAUAACGCUGGUCAGCAUGGUUUAACAAUAUUUAAUGUUAAGAAAUUCAUGUGGCAAUUAAUGAGUGGUGUUUACUAUUGUCAUUCUCAUCGUAUUCUUCACCGUGACUUAAAGCCACAAAAUUUACUUAUUGACUCAGAAGGAAAUUUAAAAUUGGCUGAUUUUGGGUUAGCAAGAGCAUGUAGUGUUCCAAUGAGAGCUUAUACACGCGAGGUUGUCACAUUAUGGUACCGUUCACCAGAAUUAUUACUCGGAUGUCCACAAUAUUCAACUGGUGUUGAUAUUUGGAGCGUGGGUUGUAUAUUUGCUGAAAUUCUUUCAAGCCGUGCUUUAUUUAAAGGCGAUAGCGAAAUAGAUCAACUUUAUAAAAUAUUUAGUACACUUGGUACACCAAAUGAAAAUAUAUGGCCUGGAGUUUCUCAAUUACCAAAUUUCAAAGUACGAUUUCCAAAUUGGUUACCAAAAUCACUAUAUUUAUUUGUUCCAAAUUUGGAUAUUAAUGGACUCAUGAUUGAAAUAGUUCUAUCAUUUGGACAUAGUAUAAACGAGUAA